UUGUAUACAAACAAGCCAAGCCUUAGAACAUUGUACUGAAUUAUAAUUUCGUUUUCAUUUAUUUUUAUCGGAACGCGCCCGCCUUUGUUUAUGGCUGCUUGCACUUGGGGCCAAGAUUGUCGAUUAUGCAAAACAAAGUAAAAUGGGCAGCACAUAGCAAGAAGAGAAAUAGCAAACGAAAAGAAAAAAAUAAAAAAAAACAAGUUUCGUCAAAGUUUUGCGUGCAAUUUGUUGGACGACGCGCGCGUCAUGAACUUCAUUAGGCAAUUCGCAUUGCAGUCGAGCAGACGCAGACGCAGUGCAGCUCCUACUACUCGGCACGACGAUAGCAAACAAAUGGCCAGCUUGGACUCGAGCGUACACUCGGCGGGCAUCGAGGAGGUGCACAAUGUUCCGAUGAGCGUCAUUAGGCGACCGAUACCCUCCGUCCUGGACGAGCUGAAGGUGCAGUCCCUCAUGGACACCAUCAAGUCGGAGCGCAGCGAGGCUGAAGUGCCGCCAGUUGAUAUCUUGUGGAUAACCGGCAGCGAGGGCGGCGACUAUUACUUCAGCUUUGGCGGCUGUCAUCGGUUCGAGGCGUACAAGCGUCUCAAUCGGGAAACCAUAAAAGCGAAACUGGUCCGUUCCACUUUGGGCGAUCUUUACCAUUACAUGGGCUCCAGUGCGCCCAAAUAUUUGGCAUAGUCCAAAUUGUUAAAUUGUUGUUGUUAAACAUGUUUGCCUUAAAUCUGUUUGUGCAUGUUUUAUAAUUAUAUGUCCAUACUUUUUA